GUGUAAAACCGUCGACAGACAAGUUCACGAUCGUCGCAGGUCCCUCGUGUCCGCAAACAAUUUUUCCCGAAACUUUAUUUAAAUUUUACUGAUAAAACCAGUUUUAUUAACCAACCGCCAAAAAUGUCCUGGUAUUACACGCCCCGUCCGACCGUGGUCCCAGCGGAGGAAUUUGACGCCUCGGCCGAUGCCGCUGCCCUGCGGAAGGCCAUGAAGGGUUUCGGAACCGACGAGCAGGCCAUCAUCGACAUCCUGUGCGCCCGGAGCAACCAGCAACGGCAGGAGAUAUCGGAGGCCUUCACCCGCGAGCUGGGACGGGACCUUAUCGAAGAUCUCAAGUCCGAGCUGGGCGGCAAGUUCGAGGACGUCAUUAUCGGGCUGAUGAUGCCUCCGCACAAAUAUCUGUGCAAGCAGCUGCACAAGGCCAUGGACGGUAUCGGCACCAACGAGGGAACCCUGGUCGAGAUCCUCUGUUCUUUGUGCAACGAAGACGUCAAGACGGUGGUCGAUUGCUACGAGGAGAUGUACAACCGCCCGUUGGCCGAGCAUCUGUGCAGCGAAACCUCCGGAAGCUUCCGGCGAUUGCUUACGAUGAUCAUCGUGGGGUCGCGCGAUCCCCAAGGAACCGUCGAUCCCGAUCUAGCCGUUGAACAGGCCAACCAACUGUACAACGCUGGCGAGGGCAAACUCGGCACGGACGAGGCCGUGUUCUACAAAAUUCUAGCCCACGCCAGCUACGAUCAGCUGGAACUGGUGUUUGAAGAGUACAAAAGCCUGACCGGACGUACGAUCGAGCAGGCGCUGAAGGCCGAACUGAGCGGAGAACUGUACGACGCACUUAGCGCAAUCGUCGAGUGCGUUCAAAUGACGCCUCACUUCUUCGCCAAGCGACUUCACAAGGCCAUGGACGGCUUGGGAACGGACGACAUGACCCUCAUUCGAAUCAUCAUCGGCCGCUCCGAGGUCGAUCUCCAGAAUAUCAAGGACGAGUUUGAGCAAAUGUACAAUAAAUCGCUAUUAAGCGUGGUCAAGGGCGAAACUUCGGGUGAUUACAAACGGGCACUGUUGGCACUCAUCGGUAACGCCUAAGGGACAACACACAUGCAACGCAGAGCAAACACAGACAUUUCAAUGUUCUACCACAACUUUGUCAAUUUAAUUUGUCUAGAUCUAUAUCUGUAAGAAGCUACUAACAGGCUAACCUCGUUAAGUGUAUUGAAGCGGAAUACUCGAAGCACAAAAUCUCAAAGUUGAUCGUUGAUCGCGCCAAACUGGUUGGGGUAGGGAAUUCCCCCCCUUUCCAGCAGAUGCCUUGAAUCUCUGAAUGAAUGAAACCAGUUCGUACUAUAUGUCCCUAAAUACCUACUAAACACCGCCGUGUCGUCGUCUGUAUUUGUUGUGCAAACGCCUUCGUCUAAGCAAAGCGAACAAAAUAAAUCUGUUUUUGUCCUAAAACUGUAUGCGUGAAUUGUGCUUUAUUGUAAAAGUCAGGACAUUAAUAUGCGCCACACGAAUGGAUAAUAAAUUUUUCGUCACAAAUAA